UUGGACAAUUUUUCCGAUUUUCAAUGAGAAACCAACGAAAUUUUGAGAUUGAUAUUGAAAAUUGCGAAAAGGGAGCAAGAAUGUGACGAAAAACACCCGAUUCCAGAUAAUUUCCCACCUCUCGAGUAUUGGGGGUUUUUCAGCCGCGUAUUUCUUUCUCCUCUUUGAUCAUCAUCUUCAGCAUCCUUACUUCAUCUUGUGGUGCAGUCUCUUCACCUUUUUAACCUCCUGAGCCUAUGCGAACUUAUUGAUAUUGAAACUGCACUAGCAGCAAUUUGGACUUCCUAUAGGAAAUAUUUAUUAUACGUUUACUUCUGCUGUCUUUUCUUAUUAUUUCGAGCGUGCUGAUGGUGUGAUGUCUGGUCCUGUGAGCCGUGGUGGUGCUGUUUCCUCAUCUGACGUACCCCUAAUACACCAAUGUCUAUAUCUGGAACAAAUUUCCUUUGGAACUUCAAAGUAUACACGCUCAGGAGAAUUGAGAAGAGCUUUGGGUGUUUCUUUGGGAACUGAAGAUCUUCCAUCUAGAGCUUCCAGCUUUAGGCCUUCACCUCCUGUGUCCAUUGAAGAGUUGAAGCAAAUCCGAGAUAGUGUUUUGAAUGCCUCCAUAAAGGCCAGGGAAAGGUCAAAAUUGUUCCGUGAUUCAAUCAAUAAAUUAGAAAAGUACAGGGAUUCUAUGGUCUCAAAGAAGAGGCAACGCACUGAUCUGUUGUCAAUCGAUAAGACUGGUGGAUCUAGCCUACUGAAGAUGGCAGCUCAACCACCUCGUAACUCCCUUGACCUUACAGCUCAAAGAUUGGAGGACAAAGCCAAAAGUGCUGGGAUGAAUAAGCGUAUUCGCACAUCUGCUGGAGAACUCAGGGUUGAAAGUAAAUCUGGUUCUUUGUCGAAGGAUCAGCUGAGUAACGAGAAGGAAACACACAACUUUAAGGGUGUAAAUGGGGCUUGUAUUCCCGAGGAAAGAAUGUUGAGACUCUCUGCUGUUGGGGAAGGUUGGGAUAAAAACAAGAUGAAGCGGAAACGCUCUGUUGGGACAGUGGUGAAUAAAUCUGGAGCUGGUGAUGUCAACAGAACAAUGCAUUCUGAACUCAGUACAGAUUCUAAACCGGCUUCUAGUGACGCAUCUUUUUUAAGAUUGAGUGGCAGAUCAAAUGCUAAGCCCAAGACCUCAAUUGGCAGUUCUGGUACGAUUGUAAGAGCAAGGAUAUCUAGGGCCCCACGAAUUGGUUCUGUCAUGGCGGCGAAUUCGUCUUCUGAUGUUCAAGCCUCCUCUGAAGCUUGUGAAGGGUGGGAAGAGCCUACAAAUUCCAAUAAGGUGAUUUCUCUUGAUUCAGUGCAGAGCCAUCAUCGCACUGCCAAUUCAUCUUAUUUGCUUGGUCAAUGGGGUGGUCAGAGACAACAGAAAAGUUCACGCAGCAGAAGAACAAAUGUUAUAUCACCAGUUUCAAAUUCUGAUGAAUGUCAAACCCCUUCAAUGAAAUUUUCUCCUCCUGUCAGUGGAGUAAAGAACUCUCUGAAUGAUAUCUCUGGGUGUAUGGAAACUGUUGAUGUUCAUAGCAACAUUUCAAAUAGUAAAAUUAAGGUUGAUAAUACACCUUCUCCAGGUCUUUUGUCAGAAGGUGAAGAAACAAAAGGGAUGGAGUUUAGAUUAGAAGAGAAAGGAACAGAUUGUUGUGAUGGGCUGAAUGGAAAGGGUAAAAUGCGUGCUUUUAUGUUUCCUACCAAGAGGAAUAAAAAUGUUUUGAAUGAAAAUGUUGGUGAUGGUGUGCGAAGGCAGGGAAGGACAAUGAGGGGUUUAUCCUUGUCAAAGCCAGGACUCUCACAUUCUGAUGUGAAAUUGGAGAGUGGAUCAACAGCAAAGCGUAUCCAAAGUACAAGGCCUGGUUUGGAGAAGAUUAAAAGUAAAACAGGACGGCCACCUUCAAGAAAGAUAUCAGAUGGGAGAGUUUUCACUCGCAAUUCUGAAUCUGAUGACGAUCAUGAAGAAUUGUUGGCUGCUGCUGCUGCUGCCCGCAAGGCUAGCUACAACUCCUGCUCUGGGCGGUUCUGGAAGAAAUUGGAACCAAUUUUUGGUUCUGUUAGUUCACAAGAUAUAAGCUAUAUGAAACAACAGUUGACUCUUGCAGAGGAGUUAGAGUAUAGCUUAUCUGCGAUUCCGAGCGCUCAAUAUAACAUUCUGGGGGUUUAUUUACAGAAGGAAAAUGCUGAUAUUUCCACUGGGAAGAAUGGUUGUCAUUCCAAUCAAGUAAUAGAUAAGGAUGGAGCAUUUUCUGUGGGAUUGUAUGGGGGAAAGAGAUUGGAGAAAUUUUCAUCCUUGUACCAAAGAGUUAUGUCUGCAUUGAUUGAGGAGGAUGAAAGUGAGGGCAUUUACAAUGGGAAUGAAGGAGUGAGUGUGUCUUUUCAGUGUGCAAGUGAUGAUUCUCAUUGUGGCUCGUGUAAUUAUGUUGAUACUGAUAUUAAAGACAGAGAUAGAUUUGACUCAGAGGCCGAGUCAGUGGUCGAUUUUCAGAUUCAAAAACGUUGUGCUAGUGACAGAUUUUCUUGUAAUAAGAGUGUCACAUCCAACACAACGAGGAAUGCAAGUAUGUCUGAUUCUUUGUAUAGUAGUGGAAGGUGGUUGGGAGAUGAUGGUAUCUCGUACUCAGAUGCAGAGUUUGUCGGUGGAAGUUGGCAGAAUGAUGUUGGUGGACCACAACCUGCAGAUAUAACUGCUAUUGGAGCAUAUCCUGAUUCUGAAUAUCAGCUGAUGCGCAUUGAUGAUAGACUAGUGUUGGAGCUGCAGAGUGUUGGAUUGUACCUGGAUGUGAUGCCUGAUCUGGCUGAUGGAGAAGAUGUGAUUUGCCGAGAUAUAAAGGAGCUUAAGGAGGGGCUUUGUGAACAGAUCGGGAAAACAAAAGACAACUUGGUCAAGAUUGAUAAGGCUAUUCAAGAUGAUAAAGAUAGGGAGAAACGGCACAUUGAGCAGGUUGCUAUGGAACAAUUGAUUCAGAUGGCUUACAAAAGGAGAAUGGCCUGUCGAAGAAAUAAUGGUUCUAAAACUGUAAUGCGCAAAGUUUCUAAGCAAGUUGCGUUGGGUUUCAUAGAACGAACUCUAUUGAGGUGUAGAAGUUUUGAACUCACUGGGCGGAGCUGUUUUAGUGAACCUUGUUUGCAAAAUGUUCUCUUUGCAGCACCUGAAGUCAAUGAUACAGGCACUGGCAACAUGUCUGAUAGUCGUAUUGGCCAUGGAGCUUCUAAAAACCGUAUGGAAACUACAAAAGCAGAAUUGACCUUGUUUAAUGUGCUGGAUCCUUGCAUUGAAGAUCUUGGGAGAGGAUAUGUUGACUCUCCACAACCUGCCAGUCGUUCUUCUGAACACGGAUUCCCUGAAUUUGAAUCAAUGUCGCACAAGGGAAAGAAGAGAGAAGUACUCCUUGAUAAUGUGGGUGGUUCCUCUUUGAGGGGUGGAACAGCUUAUGGUUGUUCUCUUAUUGAGGGAGCCAAAGGAAAGAGAAGUGAUCGAGAUCGAGAUCAAAGAAGAGGUGCUCUAGCUAGUGCUGCCUGUGAAUCGCAGCCUGUUGUAAGCUUCAGCAGUGAGCAGAAGCAGAAGCCAAAAAUAAAACCCAAAAAUUCAACUUCUACACAGCCAACGUCAAGUUCUGUUCAAUGGAAAAGUACUGAACACAACAAAUCUGGUAAUGCUUCAGAUGUUGCUUGUGAGGGAUUAGAGAAUAUCGAUUUUGAUACCAUUGAUCCACUUGAUAUUUCCAAUGAUCUCAAACCCCCUGAGGAUAUCAACAAUUGGUUUGUGGGAUUGCAAGAUUAUGACUCCAUUGGUUUGGAGAUACCUAUGGACGACCUUAAUAUGAUUUUGUUGUGAUAACGUGAAUCAUGAUCGCGUUUUGUAUGUGUAAAUUUUGGCUAGAUGAUUACUUAUGACAUUCAAUUGUUUGCUUAUGUGGGCUCUAACUUAAAAGCUGUAAAUUACUGUGAUUAAUUAAUAUCAAUUGGAUAUUUGUGAAAAGUUGUUAAAUUAUGUUUAAUUUGCGUCUUGAUCGUUUGCAUUCUGGCUAUCUUGCUCUGUUGUGACUUUGAGCAAAGCGUAGAUAUGAGUACUUUUACUCUGAAACGACGGAAUCAGUACAGCUGCAAAAGAAAUAGAAAGGAAUUUUCUUCUUUUAUAUUUGAAAUGAUAAAACAUAUGAAGUAUUUGUUAUUAUCCUUUGGUUUUACACCCUUUUGUGAUUCGUUGUAUGUGUUCUCAGUGCAGGCAUCUUCCUUCAGCUUUUGCUAGUAAGUUGUAUCAGUCCGUACUUGCCCAUAAAUGCAGGUACAUUCACCCAAUUUCCUUAAAAGAGUCGUAUUUUGCUUGUAUCUUUACUUCUUUCAAGUUCCUUUAAGUUCGU